UCGGCCGGAGGCAUUGGCACACACAGACACACGAGCCUGAGCAGAAAGAAGCUGCAGACAAAUGGAGAUGCAAAGACUUAAAAGGACAGCUCCUUUCACCUCAUUCUACUUGUCAAGAAGGUAAAAAGGCACAGCCAGAAAGAAAAGAAAAAGCUCAGCCCUCAGGUCCAGACAGGCGGUGGUCUGCGUGUGGCUUUGGGAGCUGGAGCUGCAGUACACCCCUUUGUAUCGGACAGUCUCGCAAAGGAGAAAGAGAGUUGGGAGGAAAAGUGUUUCAUCUAGGAACUGUCCUGGGAGCACACUUCAGAUUACAUUUUAAAGCCUCUGCAUUCCAUCUCCAUGAGCCACCAUUGGAUUGCACAAUGACAUGGAGAAUGGGACCCAGUUUUACCAUGCUACUGGCAUUGUGGCUGGUGUGCGGAUCAGAACCCCACGCGCAUGCCAUGAAUAGAGGGAGCCGCGGAGGGCAGAAAGCGCCUCCGGUUUCCCCCGUCAACAGAAGGCCAGCUCGGUUACUGAGGCACACGGGGAGGUCUCAGGGAAUUGAGAGAACCACUCCGGAAGAACCAAACCUCCAGCCUCUCCAAAGAAGGAGGAGCGUACCGGUGUUGAGAGUGGCUCAUGCCACGGCACCGUCAGCCUCCCUGGGUAUCCACGGGGCCCCAGUGAGAACUGAGCGGAGACCAGCAGCACGGAGCUCUCCCCGUGAGAUGGUCCGAGAUGAGGGGUCUUCAGCUCGGUCAAGAAUGUUGCGCUUCCCGUCUGGCUCCAGCUCUCCCAACAUCCUUGCCAGCUUUGCAGGGAAGAAUAGGGUGUGGGUCAUCUCGGCCCCCCACGCCUCGGAAGGCUACUACCGGCUCAUGAUGAGCCUGCUGAAGGACGACGUGUACUGUGAGCUGGCGGAAAGGCACAUCCAGCAGAUCGUGCUUUUCCACCAGGCAGGCGAGGAAGGAGGCAAGGUGCGGAGGAUCACCACUGAGGGCCGGGUCCUGGAGCAGCCCCUGGACCCCAGCCUCAUCCCAAAGCUGAUGAGCUUCCUGAAGCUGGAGAAGGGCAAGUUUGGCAUGGUGCUGUUGAAGAAGACGCUGCAGGUGGAGGAGCGCUACCCUUAUCCGGUCAGGCUGGAGGCCAUGUAUGAGAUCAUCGACCAGGGCCCCAUCCGCAGGAUAGAGAAGAUCAGGCAGAAGGGUUUUGUGCAAAAAUGUAAGGCCUCCGGGGUAGAGGGUCAGGUGGUGGAGGAAGGGAACGAUGGCAGAGAGGCAGGAAGGCCAGGCCUGAGCAGCGAGAAGAGGAAAGAGGAGCAGAGGAGAGCACAAGUGCUGCCAACCAGAGAGAGUCGGCUGAAGGCGAUAAGAAAAGCGGCCACCGCUGCGGGGGCCCCUCCUCCACCGCCCACAACCCCACGGGCCACCACCCUGCCUCCUGCUGCAGCCACAGCAGUGACUCGGGCCACCUAUCGGCCGGUGACGGUAACUGCAAGACCUACAACCCCCGUGGGCUUUCCGACCACCCAGAGGCCCUGGACCCCCCGGGUGCACCCUUCCUCGGAGCCUCACAGGGCCUCAGCAACAGCCGAGGUGGCCACUGCCAGGGGCCCCGUGGCCUCCAAGAACCUCUACCCUCCACCCAGGAAGGAGCAGCCCAGGGAGAGGCCGCAGACCGCCCGGAGGCCCAGCAAGGCCACCAGCUUCGAGCGCUUCACGGCUGCCCCUCCCACCACCGUCUCCGAGCCCAGCACCAGGGCUGGCGCCGGCCGUUUCCAGGACAACCGCACGGACAGGUGGGAGCACGGCCCCCGGGACCCGAAUGUGGGGCCGGGUCCUCACAAGCCUGCAAAGGGGAAACCUCCCCAAAAGAAAGCCCGGGACAAAAUCCUUAGCAAUGAGUACGAGGGUAAGUAUGACCUUAGCCGGCCGACCGCCUCUCAGCUGGAGGAGGAGUUGCAGGUGGGGAAUGUUGCCCCCAAAAAAGCGAAGGAGUCUAAAAAGCACGAAAAGCUUGAGAAACCCGAGAAGGAGAAGAAAAAGAGGGUGAAGAGUGAGAAAGCAGACAAGUUACUCAAGAGUGAAAAGCAAGUGAAGAAGGACAAGGCUGAGAAAAAGAGCAGGCAGGAGAAAGAGAAGAACAAGAAGAAAAAGGCGGGGAGAACGGAGAAGGACGGGCACCUGAAACCCACGAAACACUUCGCUCAGAGUCCCAGGAAGCCGGUGACCGACCUGCUGGGGCCCUUGGAAGGCAAACGAAGGCUCCUUCUGAUCACUGCUCCCAAGGCUGAGAACAAUAUGUAUGUGCAGCAGCGAGAUGAGUAUCUGGAAAGUUUCUGCAAGAUGGCCACCAGGAAAGUCUCCGUGAUCACCAUCUUUGGCCCUAUCAACAACAGCACCAUGAAAAUCGACCACUUCCAGCUAGAUAAUGAGAAACCUAUGCGUGUUGUGGAUGAUGAGGACUUGGUAGACCAGCAUCUUAUCAGCGAGCUAAGGAAGGAGUAUGGAAUGACCUACAAUGACUUCUUCAUGGUGCUCACUGAUGUGGACCUGAGAGUCAAGCAAUAUUAUGAGGUGCCUAUAGCAAUGAAGUCUGUGUUCGAUGUGAUUGAUACCUUUCAGUCCCGAAUCAAAGACAUGGAAAAGCAGAAGAAGGAGGGCAUUGUUUGCAAAGAAGACAAGAAGCAGUCACUGGAGAACUUCCUAUCCAGGUUCCGAUGGAGGAGGCGGUUGCUAGUGAUCUCAGCACCUAAUGAUGAAGACUGGGCCUAUUCACAGCAGCUCUCUGCCCUCAGUGGUCAGGCAUGCAAUUUUGGUCUGCGCCACAUAACUGUUCUGAAGCUUUUAGGUGUUGGAGAGGAAGUUGGGGGAGUUUUAGAACUGUUCCCGAUUAAUGGGAGCUCUGUUGUGGAGCGAGAAGACGUACCAGCCCAUUUGGUGAAAGACAUACGUAACUAUUUUCAAGUGAGCCCAGAGUACUUCUCCAUGCUUCUAGUUGGAAAAGAUGGAAAUGUGAAAUCCUGGUAUCCUUCCCCAAUGUGGUCCAUGGUGAUUGUGUACGAUUUAAUUGAUUCGAUGCAACUCCGGAGACAGGAAAUGGCUAUUCAGCAGUCACUGGGGAUGCGCUGCCCAGAAGAUGAGUAUGCAGGCUAUGGUUACCAUAGUUACCAUCAAGGAUACCAGGAUGGUUACCAGGAUGACUACCGUCAUCAUGAGAGUUACCACCAUGGAUACCCUUACUGAACAGAAAUAUGUAACCUUAGCCCCAGCCAGUUUCCCCUGCAGCUGUUGAAGCCACAUGUGGCCAGCUAUGUAAAGGAGAGUUCUUCCACACUGCCUACAUUCCCUGCCUUUUUCUUUCAGUGUUCUUCCAAGAUUAAAUAAAUAGCAAACUUUUGCCUA